CCUUCUUCCCCCAACCAACCACUCCAACCCUCACGUUUUGACCACCAUUAUUCGCAAAGAUGGUGAAAAGAAAGUUGGGAGCCUUGGAAAAGGUCGAGGCUGAUCUGCCUAAUUUGCAGCAUAAGAUUCGCAGAGAUCCCAAAUCAUACAUUGAGGACUUCCGCGCCCAGCAUUACCAGUAUGAGAGUCACCGGGAAAUUUUCAUGGCGGCGCCUGCGGCGACCACGGAGACGGGCUUGAUCUCUCUUCGUGAAUUGAUCGAUUUCCUUGCCCACGUUGCCGACUGCUAUCCGGAAAUCUUGAAGGAUUUCCCUCAGCAGCUCAUCGAUAUCUUGACGCAGCACCAUCUAAUCUUGCAGCCGGAGUUGCGCGAGAAGAUUGUUGGUAGCUUGGUGCUUUUGCGGAAGAAGGAACUCAUGGAUUCGGCGACACUCCUUCAGACCCUGUUCCCUAUCCUCAUUUCCACCCCCAGCAAAACGCUACGAGCUCUGCUUUUCCAGAAGAUCCUCAUGGAUCUGCGUUCGUCGAACGCGAAGACUACGAAUCACAAACUCAACCGCACCAUGCAGACCGUGUUGUACAACCUGGUGACUUCGGACCGCACCUCUUCUAAGGGCCUGUGGGCUAUCAAGCUUACGCGCGAGCUGUGGAAGCGCCAGAUCUGGACCGAUGCAAAGGCGGUUGAAGUCAUGAAGGAGGCCAGUCUUGCGGAUAAUGAGAAGGUCAUUGUUGGUGGUGUUCGCUUCUUCUUGGGUGGAGACAAGGAGCGCGAGGAAAUGGAAGACGAAAGCAGCGACGAGGAAGCCAUUGACUUGGGCAAGGUCAAGCAUCAGGUCGGAAUCAACAAGAAGACUAGAAAGAAGUCUCGCGCUGUGGAAAAGGCCAAGGCAACCGUGAAGAGGAGAGAGCGCAAGAAGAACCAGCCGCACCCUCUCAACUUCUCCGCUUUGCAUCUCCUCCACGACCCUCAAGGGUAUGCCGAGUCCUUGUUCUCGAAGCACUUGCAAAACACCAAGUCGAAGCUUAACUUGGACCAGAAGCUUCUGGUGCUACAGCUGGUGACCCGCCUGGUUGGAUUGCAUAAACUCCAUAUCAUGCACCUCUACUCUUACUUCCAGAAAUACCUCACUCCCCGACAGCCGUCCGUCACUUCGUUCCUGGCGUCGCUUGCGCAAGCAUCUCACGACUUGGUUCCUCCAGAUGAUCUAGAGCCCUUGGUUCAGAAGAUCGCCAACGAGUUCGUCUCGGAAGCAUCAGCGUCCGAGGUGGCUUCGGCCGGUCUCAAUGCCAUUCGAGAAAUUUGCGUGCGCCAGCCGCUUGCCAUGAAUGAGACCCUGCUUCAGGAUCUCGUCAUGUACCGGAAGAGUAAGGAUAAGGGUGUCAUGAUGGCGGGCCGUGGAUUGCUCAGUCUGUUCCGGGAGGUCAACCCCGAGAUGCUCAAGAGGAGAGACCGCGGCAAGGAUGCUUCCAUCGGUCUCCGGUCUGGGGAGAGGAAGGAGAAGCGCUUUGCUGAACAGGAGGCUGGCGGUAUCGAGGGUCUGGAGCUUUUGGAGAAAUGGAAGGAGGAGGAGCGCAGAAAGAGGAGGGCCGAGAAGGGCCUGCCUUCUGAUGGUGAAGAUGAUGAGGAUGUGGAUGACGAAGAAGCAGACUGGGCCGCCUGGAAUGUGGAAGAUGACGAGGAUAGUGACGACUCUGGCGAUUGGAUUCAGGUGGAGAGUGACGUUGAAAUCGAGCUCAGCGACUCCGAAGACGAGAAGGACGGGCCCCCUACCAAGAAGGCCAAGUCCAACGAGGAUACCAAGGCGGAAACGAAGCCUGAAGAAGAGACGGCCGAGGCCAAGUUCUCCAAGCUGGCCACGACCCGCAUUCUUACCCCGGCCGACUUGGCUAAGCUACAAGAGCUGCGUACCGAAGCAGCCGUCAAUGCACUGGUCCCUGGAUCGAAGGGCGCCACCCGGCAUCGGGACGAUCCGCUGACGGCUGAAGAGAUUGAGGGUCUGGCUGCCCUCUCGGCGGGCAAGGCCACGCGUGAGGAGCGUAUUGCCCAUGCUAAGGAGGGCAAGACUGACCGGUCGGAGCACAAGAGUGUGACGGCCAAGCGCAAGGAGCGCAAGGAGGAUCAGGGCAAGAGUACCACCAACAAGGAGAAGGCGCGCAAGAAGAACUUCUUGAUGACGCUGGGCAAGGCCAAGAGCAAGAACAAGCGGAGUUUGGUGCAGACUCGGGCGGUGCUCAAGGCUCAUCAGGACCGGGCCAAGCGGGGUGGUCGCAGAGGAAACGUUGGUGCCGUUGCUUAAGGUAUAUACGAUGAUACCCUAUCGCAGAUCUAUUGUUUCAGGUUGUUGUGUGUAAUCGAGCAUCUGAAUGUUCUCAAAUGAUGUUCUAAAAGCGUGCUUCUGUAUAUAGAGCUCAUUGCAUUACUCGGUUGAU